AUGCCUGCCUUUGGCGUCACCACACCAGUCCUUGACUCAUUUCUGGUGGUCAUCCUCGACAGUAUCAGAAGCAAGAAUGGCCAGCGGAUCACAGAGCUCAUCCAGCUCGAUUUCGACAGCCUGCCACCAGACCGGCAAAAGCCCUACGCGGACCUGAACUCGGAAUUGAGCAGAUGUUAUCCCGUGGGCAAUGAUGCUGACCUCGUCACGAGGUGUCAAAGGGACCUGUCUUGGGAUGAGUUUGGGACGUUCAGUAUCUCGUUCGCCGAGAGCAUUGUACACCAAUGUGUCAUCGCUUUGGGCGAUUCCAAGUAUGGAGUCAUUAUGAUACCGAUUGUCCUGUCUUUUUCCCGGACACUGGCCACUAUUGCCACGAAUUUGGAUCGGAAUCCUUCCCUGGUCAAAAGCGAUAACCUUGUUGCAACACAGGACACCGAGGGCGCGCCGGGAAAAGUAAGCUUCGUGGAAGAUGCCGCUAACGUCUUACGAGACGCAUUCAUCAAAUGCCUGGCUGGAAGUCCUGGCGUGCAACGAACAUCACGCCCUGCUGCGGACGACAAACGAGUCGGCAUCUAUCUGACAGCCAACUCAUGUUUGAAGCUCCUAACGCAGUGUCGCAAAUUACGCAAUGCUCAACAGAUGUUUUCCAGCAUCGAUGCACAAUCCCCGCCUCUGUCGUUUUAUCCGGCAGCUCAACGGGUCACUUACCUAUAUUACCUGGGCCGGUAUCAUUUCGCCAACAAUCACUUCCUUCGCGCCCAGCCCGUGCUUCAGAAGGCAUACGAGCAAUGUCACCGGCAAGCAAUCAAGCAUCGACGGUUGAUUCUCAUAUAUUUGACAGCCUCCAACAUUUGCUUGGGCCGAUUUCCUUCCCCGACUCUCCUAUCGCGCUCCGAAGCCGCCGAGGUGGGGUCUAGAUUCCUACCGCUUUGCAAGAUCAUACAGGCAGGCGACCUGGGCCGAUUCCACCAAUAUCUUGACCUGACUAGUGAGUCUGGCGAGUGGUUCCUCAAGCGAUCUAUUCUCCUUCAACUACGUGAUAGGUGUGAGAUCAUUGUCUGGAGGAGUCUUAUCCGAAAAACAUUUUUGUUUAGCGGAUAUAUGGGCGAAGAGAAGAAAGUACCGUUCUUGAGGCUCAAUUACGUCCGUGACGCUGCUGCGUGGGCGUUGCCGCGGUACAGGGGAGGGUUACUCUCGCACGGGCUUGGGUCUCAGGCCGUAAACGGAGAGGAAACAUAUAUUGAUCCAGAGUUCAGGGAACUCGAUGCAGCUAUCAACGAAACGGGGUUUGACCCUGAAAGUGGACAGUAUGACGAUCAGUAUAUUGGUCAGCAUACGCCAUCGUCCCAAGACACCGCAGAGUUUCCGACAAUGACUGAAGUUGAGUCGGUCGUGCUCAGUCUGAUACAGCAAGGUCUGCUCAGAGGGUUCGCCCUACAUACCAAUCCCAGAUUUGCCAUACCUGGAAGUCAAAAAGCUGGCGGACCAAUGAAGGCGGGCUUCCCAAAAGUGUGGAAGGUCAUAAAGAGCAAAGAGAGCGGAGACCCGGUGCCUGGUUGGGUUGAAGAAGGCAACCUGGGCUCGGAAGGUGGUCGAGUGGUUCGCAUCGUCGGAGCUCGGCCAGCAGGAGCGUGA